UGCGGUAGUAAUUUACAAAGUGGUAUUAACUUGCGGUAGUAAUUGACAAAUAUUUCUAACUUUUAAAAUCAUCAAUUGUUCAAAUACCAAAAAUUGUUUACUCUAUAGUCUAUAAUUUGGGAUCAAAUCUUCUAAUGACACCUAAAAAAACUAAAAUCUCAUAUGUUAUCUCUUUACCAAACAAGGCCUAGACGUUUCUUAUUCCCGCUUCCCAAUUCGCGUAUAUCACACUUCCCUAUGAACACUUUUUAAUUGAAUUCUCUAAUGAUAGAGCUGAGCAAGUACAUAGUAACACAAUCAAUCAAACAAUUGAAAAAAAAUAAAUAAAAAAAAAUCUCCCUCCCUUAACAGUACUACAGUAGUAGGAGUUGCUAGAAUGGAGACAAUAACAGCGUUUCAUCCUCCCUUCAGCGGUUUACCAUCGAAACCCACCUCAAUUUCCACCAAAAUCAUGUAUUUCUCUCUCCAUAAUUCUAUGCGUUUUCGUCACUUUAAACCCCAGAAACAGUUUUCUGUUUGUGCCUCUGAAAAGCGCCAGUUUCAGGAGGAGGGUACUUCUAGUUCAACCCAAUUACCAGAUGGUAAAGCGGAGGAGAUAUUGAAAGGGAAUGAUGAUCCUGCAAAACAGAUUGAUUUGGGAUGGUUGCCUGCAUUGCCCCAUGCUUUGACAGCAUCCAUGGCUAAUUUUCUAUUUGGGUAUCAUAUUGGAGUCAUGAAUGGCCCUAUAGCGUCAGUGGCACGAGAACUUGGUUUUGAGGGGAACUCUAUACUAGAGGGCCUUGUAGUGAGCAUAUUUAUUGUUGGUGCCUUCAUUGGGAGUCUAAUUUCAGGCACCUUGGCUGACAAAUUUGGCUGUAGGCGCAUACUUCAAAUCGACUCUAUCCCAUUAAUAAUUGGUGCUAUUUUGAGUGCACAAGCACACUCUGUUAAUGAAGUACUUUUGGGAAGAUUUCUUGUGGGGCUUGGUAUUGGGGUGAACACAGUUCUAGUACCAAUUUACAUAUCAGAGGUUGCACCGACAAAAUACAGGGGAUCUUUGGGAUCAUUGUGCCAGAUAGGUACUUGUAUUGGGAUCAUAGCCUCUUUGUUAAUUGCGAUUCCAGCAGAAAAUGAUCCACAUUGGUGGAGGACAUUGCUAUACAUUGCGAGCACCCCUGGAUUUCUUCUUAUGAUUGGUAUGCAGUUUGCAGUGGACAGCCCUCGAUGGCUAUGUAAAACAGGGAGACUUGACGAUGCUAAAUCUAUUCUUUGUAACCUUUUGGGCCCUUCAGAAGUUGAUACUGCUAUAGAAGAGUUUCAGUUAGUAUUUAAUGGAACUGACGGAGAUACCGACUCGAACUGGUUGGAACUCUUCAAGGAGCCAAACUAUAAAGUGGCACUUGUAGGAGGUUCUCUUUUUCUACUGCAACAAUUUGCAGGGAUAAAUGGUGUUCUUUAUUUUUCAUCUCUGACCUUUCAAGAGGUUGGGAUUACAAGUGCUGCUUUAGCAAGUCUGUAUGUCGGGCUCACCAACUUUGCAGGGGCUCUUUCUGCAUUGUACUUGAUUGAUAAGCAAGGAAGGAGAAGACUUCUCAUUGGAAGUUAUUUGGGAAUGGCUGUGUCGAUGUUUCUUGCAGCAUAUGCCAUCAGCUUCCCAGAUGAAGAUGUCAGUCACAACUUAUCAAUACUGGGUACAUUAGGGUACAUGUACUCCUUUGCGAUUGGAGCUGGCCCAGUGACUGGCAUUAUUAUUCCAGAGCUCAGCGGCAGUAGGAUGCGAGGAAAAAUUAUGAGUUUCAGUUUCUCUGUCCACUGGGUCUGCAACUUCUUGGUGGGUCUAUUUUUUCUUGAAUUACAAAGGAUCUUUGGUGUUGCUCCAAUCUACACAAGUUUUGGUGGAGUUUCCUUGUUAUCUGCAAUGUUUUGUUAUACCUUCAUAAUAGAAACAAAAGGCCGGUCACUUGAGGAGAUUGAGAUGUCACUUCGGUCUAAGCUCCCAGGACAUGACAAUUGAUUGCUGAUAUAUGCAUAAGAGCUUGUUUGAGAUCUGCAAAUUUCAUCAGAUUGCUAGAAAUGCGUCAUCACCAACUAGCUUUGCCAAAGAGGGUGGAGAUGAGUCGCCAUGAUUAGCAAGGAGAUUCUGGUUCCCACUAUCAACAUUUUGGAUAUCUAUUCGUUUAUCUGCAAUAGUCAGUAACUUCUGUUCUGAAAGCAAUUUCAGUACCAAGUUUGGUUAUAGAUUUAAAGAAAGGAAAAUCAUUCUGUAUAUCUCGUGUAAAUAUACAUGUAUUUUGCAAAUUUCAUGUUUGAUUCUACAUUCCAAAAAUAAUGUAAGCGUUUUUAGUUCAGCUGCAUAGUAGUAUUAGAUAAUUUUUUCUGACACUAUGGAUCUGUUUUGUGCAAGCCAAUAUAUGAUUCCAAAUUUCCAACAUAUAUCAG